AUGACCGCGGAGGCGGGCGCGAAGGCGCUCGACGCGAUAUUAGCGCUGACCGCACCGAGGCGACGCGACGCGGCGACCGCGUUCAUCCCGCGUGCGACCGGAAUCGGCGGCGCGGGACGACGACGACGAUCUGUGGCUCGAGUCGCCGGCGCUGUUCGACGCGAACGAAGCGGCGACGGCGGCGGAGAAUUCGACGCCGCCGCCGGCGGCGCGCGUCUUCGCCGUGCCGGUGCCGAUCGCGCCGCCGGCGUCGCCGAACGAGCGCGCUAUGCCCGUCGCGGACUUCGCGCGGCUGUUGCAGCGCGCGAUCGAGGCGCGACGCGCGGAGUUGGGCGUCCGCGCGCGCGGGAUCACGGUGCACGCGGAGGGCGUCCGCGGCGUCGUCGGCGAGGGCGCGCGUCCGAUCGCGGCGGCGGGGCAAGUCAUGCUCGAGCUCGCGGCGUCGUCGGACGUCGACGUCGACGUCGACGCGUCGCGCGACGCGCUCGUGCAGCUCCUCUCCGACGCGAUCAAGGGCGACCUCCCGUGGGACGUCGCCGUCGCGGGCCCCGGCGGCGGCGGCGGCGCGGCGGCGCACCCGCCGGACCGGGGGACGAUUCACAGGGCCGAGGUGCAGUCCGCGGACGGCUCCGAUCCGGAGAUUGUCCGCGCGACGUGCCGACGCGUGUGCUGGCCGUCGCUGCUGUUGGAGGCUGCGGAGAUCGAGGCGGACUUGGGCGGCGGAGGGAGGGCGGUCGCGGAGCGCGUCGCGGACGCGUCGAGAGGGCUGCACGCGAUGUUUUCGACGCGCGAGACGCGUUGGCUGCUGCAGCUGCAACGCCGCGGAGAGUUGCGGGCGAUCGCGAGCGGCGUCGUCCAACCGUGAGUGAGACGAUUCUUCUAAUAUAA